CAGGAAGGGGUUGUGACUGGCCCAGCCCAGCUGCAGCUCGAGGCGGAUCGUAGCAGAGGAGGAGGAGGGAGACGGCCUGGCUCGUUCGGCGUUGGCGGCUCGGAACGGCUGGGCUGCGAUUCCCCUCGCCCGGCCCGCGCAUACCUCCUCCCGACUCCGGCGACGCCCAUUCUGCGCUCGGUCCGGAUGUGCAACAGUUUCCCUGAAGUUGCGCCCGGAGCUAGCAGGCGGACGGGCGGGAGGUUCUUGAGCGAAAGGCUGGAAGGACGAGAGCAGCCGGGCUGGUAGGCAGCUCGCCCCGUGAGAAGAGCCAGAGAGGGCGUCCAUCCCUCCAUCCCUCGGCUCUGCUGGCAGGAGAUGCUCGGAGACGCCGUCCUUUCUGUCCUCUCGGCGCUGCGGCUGCUCCCGUUAGCCUCUCUCUCUGGGCAGGAGCCGAGGAUGUCCUCCUGAAGGCCGGGAGAGGGAGAGGAAGGGUGGGCUUUGCUUCAGUAUGGGCGCCAAACAGACCAAGGGUUGCUCGCUGCCCGGCACCGCCGGUAGCGGUAGCGGUAGCAGCAGCGGCAGCAGCCCCCAGGGUCCCCUCUCCGCCAGCCGCCGACGGAUUUUGCCUUCUCGGGAGCGCGGAAACUUCUUGGCGUCCCUCGUAGUACGAUCGAGUGAAAAGUUUGGCAAGGGGGCUGGCGGCGGUAGCCUCCCCCCGUACCAUCGCCGGAUCGUCCUGAUCCAAGAUAUGCUGAGGAUGGUGAAACAAGGCAGGCACGAGGAGGCGACUGAUCUGCUGAAGCACCUGCGCCAGGAUUUGGGAAUGGAAUCAACUUCACUGGAUGAUGUCUUAUAUCGCUAUGCCAGCUUUAGAAACCUUGUUGACCCAAUCACCCAUGACCUGAUCAUCAGCCUUGCCAGAUACAUCCAUUGCCCUAAACCAGAGGGGGAUUCACUAGGGACUAUGGAGAAGCUCUGCAGGCAGCUGACAUACCACCUCAGCCCCCACUCUCAAUGGCGACGCCAGGGCAUGGUGAAAAGGAAGCCGCAGGCUUGUUUGAAAACUAUCUUGGUGGGGAAUCCUCUGGACAACACAGUGGACUUGUCUGGCAUCCCUUUGACCAUGAAGGAAUUAGACCGGGUUAUCUCAUACAUCCAGCACAGCUCGGAGUAUAUUGAAAAUGUGGAGCUUUGCUUCACUGAGCUGACAGAUGAAAUGUUCCUCCAGCUUUUGCCAGUUCUCGGUGCCCUACCUCGUCUUACAACUCUUUCCCUUAACGGCAACAGGCUUACAAAAGCCAUCCUCCGGGACCUGACUGAAGCUUUGAAGGAUACCAGAAACUUCCCCAGCAUGACUUGGAUUGAUCUGGGCAAUAAUGUGGACAUAUUCUCUCUGCCACAACCUUUUCUGGUUAGCCUUAAGAAACGAAGCCCUACCCAAAGCAAUCUCCCAACUAUUCUUGAAUUUGGUGAAAGUCAGGUGAGUGACCUUGAGAGCCAAGAAGGUCUUUCAUCACAGGAUGAGGACCAAAAUGAUGGUGGCCUGGAAGACACUAAGACCAGGCAGGUAUGGACAGGUGAAGCUGUUGAGGUUAAGCUGCUGCCAAAUGAACCUACAAAUCAAGAACAGAUUUCUACCUGUUUGUUUCAGACAUGAAAUAAGUGUCUCUCAUUUGCCUAGGUUGUGCCAAAUGGAUCCUUUAUAACCACAAAGGAUCUUGGCUAGUUUAUGCUAAUUAAGCUCUCUUCUAAUAAAAACUUUUUAAUUCCUUAACUUGCAGGACCAAAAAAGGCCAAAUUACAAAGUUGGCUGCAAUUCACAUAUUAAUGAUCUGCUACAAUUUGAACCAUUAUAUAGAAUUAUUCUGGAAAGGAUUUACGCCAAUUCCAACUUCUUGCUCAGUGCAGUAUCCAAAUCAAAGCAUCUCUUUAAUUCCUGAAACCUUAUAGUUAUUACAGGGAUGAUUGCUAGUUGAAUGUUGAAGGUAUAAAAAACACACA